CGUAAGCCUGCCAACAUCCCCCUGCACACCCUCUCCUCCUCCGCUCGCCGCCGGAGCAAGCGGUUCGCGCGGAGAGCAGAAGAGCAGGGCUCGGACGAGGCGUACGACGACGACGACGACGACUCCAACUCCGACUUCUCCCUUUUGAGCGAUACCGGGGACCUGGUCGAUCAGCUUGGAGACGAGGAUCCGCUUGCGCACCGAGUCUUUGUCGAUUCGCCGCGGCGGGAUCGAAGAGGCCGCUUGGGCGGACGGCGGCACCUUAGCCACGACUCUGCUGCUUCGGGCGGGGAGAAAGACGGGCACAACGAGGCCUCGCAUGGUGUCCCGAAGAAGGAGGACAUACCCAUCCCUACACCGCCGCCGCGACGCAUCAAUUGGGGCGAACGCCUGCUCGUCCUCGCCAUGGCGCCCGGCGAUGGCCCGUCGCGCAUGCACGGCCUGCACGGCAAGAAGCUGAUUUAUUUCUUGUCCAUUUUCGUCUCGCUCGGCGUGUUUUUAUUCGGCUAUGAUCAGGGCGUCAUGUCGGGCAUCAUCACCGGCCCGCACUUCAAGGACUACUUCAACCAUCCGGGCGCGGCCGAGAUUGGGACCAUGGUGGCGAUUCUGGAGGUUGGGGCGUUUAUUGCUUCGCUGAGUGUGGGGCGCAUUGGAGACGUGUUGGGCCGGCGGAAGACUAUUUUCUACGGAGCGGUCAUUUUUGUGGUGGGAGGAGCGUGUCAGGCGUUUGCGACUGGCAUGCCGAUGAUGAUGGUGGGCAGGAUCAUUGCUGGUCUCGGCGUGGGUGCGUUGAGCACGAUCGUGCCCGUCUACCAGAGUGAAAUCAGCCCGCCGCAUAACCGUGGCAAGCUGGCGUGCAUCGAGUUCUCGGGAAAUAUCUUCGGAUACAUGACCAGCGUGUGGAUGGACUACUUUUCGAGCUACAUCGAAAGUGACUGGUCGUGGCGGCUGCCGCUUCUGAUGCAAGUGGUUAUGGGAGGGUUAUUGGCGGUGGGCAGUUUCCUGAUCGUCGAGUCACCACGAUGGCUGCUGGACAACGACCACGACGAAGAGGGCAUUGUCGUGAUUGCCAACCUCUACGGCAUGGGCGACAUUCACAGCGUCAAGGCGCGCGACGAGUACCGCGAGAUCAAGAUGAAUGUCCUGAUGCAACGCCAGGAAGGCGAGCGCUCCUACCGCGACAUGUUCCGCCGCUACUACAAGCGCGUCUUCAUCGCCAUGUCCGCCCAAGCGCUGGCCCAGCUGAACGGCAUCAACGUCAUCUCCUACUACGCCCCGCUGGUCUUCGAGCAAGCCGGCUGGGUCGGGCGCGACGCAAUCCUCAUGACGGGCAUCAACGGCAUCACCUAUCUUGCAUCGACCGUGCCACCGUGGUACGUCGUCGACCGCCUAGGCCGCCGCUUCAUCCUGCUCUCCGGCGCGCUGGCCAUGAUUGUCUCCCUCUCCGCCAUCUCCUACUUCAUCUACAUCGACAUUGAACUGUCGGCCACGCUGGUCGUCGUCUUCGUCAUCAUCUACAACGCCGCUUUCGGCUACUCCUGGGGCCCGAUCCCAUGGCUGUAUCCGCCGGAGAUUCUGCCUUUGAGCAUUCGAGCCAAGGGCGCGAGUCUGUCCACUGCGACGAACUGGGCGUUCAAUUGGCUGGUGGGGGAGAUGACGCCGAUUUUGCAGGAGACGAUCAAGUGGCGACUGUACCUGCUGCAUGCCUUCUUCUGCGCUGUUAGUUUUGUCGUCGUCUACUUCAUCUACCCCGAAACAGCCAAUGUCCGUCUGGAAGACAUGAAUUCGAUCUUCGGCGAUGCUACCACGGCGGCACCUACGCCUGCUACGCUGGCGGAAGCCGAGUCGCUAUUCUCGGGCAAUCGCUCGCCCGUCUCGUCAUUCCGUCUAGGCGAUGAGGAUGUGCAGCCUCCGAAUCUGUCACUACAAGCGGCAGAUGGCAAGGACGGCAAUGCGAGUGAAGGCUUGGGCGGCUGGAUAGGCAAUAUGAUGAAGCGGGGCAAGAGAGAGGGCAGUGCUUCCGGGAGUGGACGCUAUCGACAAGUUGGGCAAGACGAGGAUGGUGAUCAAUAACAUGGUGAAUGCAUUCAUAGCAUAUUGGAUAGCUUGGGGGAUGCAUAUUGUUCCAAACCCUUCAACUUCAGGC